AAACCUAUCGCAAACUCCAUAAUUACUGCAUUUAUUUCCACUAUAGUUAAAUUAUAUAUGAUUCGAGGGUCAUUGCAAUUUGCAAUGCAACAGAAUUUGUCGCUCCCAAAUCUUUACGAAUGUAAACACACGUUGUGCACGAUUGGAUUUGUGUAAACAUUGUUGUAUCGCAGUAAUCGAGAACGAUUAAAACAAAAUUAUGUUUGUUCCUCCAUUCUUCAAUAAAACAGUUGUUAAUUUUUUAGGACAAUUUUCGAUUAUUAGAUCAAUGUCAAAUACUUCGACACCAAGAAGAACCCUGAUGUACGUGCCUGCAAGUGAUCCCAGAAAAAUAAAAAAAGCCGAAACAAUCGAAGCAGAUUUUAUUGUCCUUGAUUGCGAGGAUGGUGUUUCAAUUAAUCAGAAAGAUUCUGCUAGAAGAAAUAUUGCAGAUCUGUUGAACGAAUCACCGUUCCCAUGCCAUAGACCGCAAUGGGGUGUAAGGGUUAACUCAGUUAGUUCAGGUCUUUGCCAGCUUGACCUGAACAUGAUUUUUGCUGCUACCAAUAAACCACCUAGUAUUCUAUUACCAAAAGUGGAGAGCAUAGAUGAAAUUUCAUGGUUUUCAGAUGCAGUUCAAAGUUUAAAUAUACAAAAUGUACAAAUGGAUUUUAUAAUAUACAGCGAAACUGCUGGGAGCUUAUUGAAACUACCAGAAAUAACACAAGCUGCAAUGAACACUACAAAAGGAGGAUCUCUCAAACUAGUAGCACUCGUUCUGGGGAGUGACGAUUACAUAGCAAGCAUAGGAGCAACCAGGACAAAAAGUUGCCUGGAGAUUCUUUAUGCCAGACAAAGACUUGUUAUGAUUGCUAAGGCGUUCGAUUUGCAAGCUAUUGACAUGGUUCACAUAGAUAUAAAAGAUUUAGACGAACUACGAAGAACUUCAUUGGAAAGUGCAGCUUGGGGAUUUACAGGUCGACAAGUGAUCCAUCCGUCUCACGUAGCCAUUGUACAAGAAGCUUACAGCCCAUCGCAGUCAAGAAUUGAUUGGGCAUCAGGGCUCGUGGAGGCUUUCAAUAACCAUCAACAACAGGGCAAGGGUGCUUUCGUAUAUGCUGGUCAAAUGAUUGAUAUGCCUACCCUGCGACAGGCUCAGAACGUAGUAAAUCUCGUCAAUGACUCGAUAAAACGAUAGUUUCGUAAAUUCUCGUUUAUUUUGUUACGUUGUAACUAAAAUUAAAUAAUUGACAGAAGCAAUCAUCAUUUAUCAUUUUGCCUGUGAAUGCUACUAAAGAUAAUUCAUAGUCGUAAGUACUGUACAAAUGUGUAAAUAAUUAUAUUCGUAUUCUCAAUAUUCUUAAUCACUUAAUAAUAAUAAUAAUCGUAUUAAAAGAAGCUUUAAAAUGCAAUAGCAAUA